AUGAGUUGGUUCGCAAGCCUCUUCUCAAACAAAAGCAAUCGCAGCAAUAGCCGCAGGACCAUGACCUCCACCCACGAGGCCUUCAGCCUUCCAACGUCCUCGUCCAACAGAGGUCACCCCGAUGCGUUCAAUGGAGAGGCAUUUGCGUCUACACAGUACGGAAUCCCAGCUUACUCCUACCCUCCCUCGUCCCCGUCGGGCCCCUACUACGAAGUCCCUAAGUCCGCACCCUCUUCCAAGGCCUCUGUGCUCCCCCUCCACCACCCGAUCGUCCCAGCCGGCCACCCGUAUCCCCCGCUCUCGAACACAUGGAACCGGCUCCGGCAGUGGCUCGAGCGCGAGUACCCCGAGCUUGGUGACACCCUCAACUACGGUAUCCUUCCCCAGGACCUCGCGGAUACCGAGAUGGCCUUUGGCUUUGCGCUUCCACAGCCCGUCCGGGAGUCCUUCCUGUGCGACGUGCUCGAGGAGUGGCGCUUCUGGCGCGAGGUCGACGAUGACCCGGCCACGGGCGCGAACGCAGGCCUCCGCGAGCUGAUGGAGUCCAUCCCCGCCGGGUGGGUCCGCCGCGAGUACUCGUGUCGCGGCUGGAUCCCGCUCGUCGCGGACAAGGCGGGCAACUAUCUCGGGAUCGACAUGAACCCGGGCGAGGGCGGCGCGGUCGGGCAGGUCAUCGUGUUCGGGCGUGAUUUCGACACGAAGGUCGUCAUGUGGCGUGGAGACGGCCCCGGGGGGUGGGCCAAGUUCCUCGCUGGGUUCGUGGACGACCUGGAGAAUGGAGAGGGUUAUGAGAUGGGUCCGGGCCACGAGGGGAGCGAAGGCAGCGAAGAUUCCGUUGGAUACAACGACUACUUCUUCAACGGCGUGGGCGGCGGGCAGGGCGACACUGGUGGCGACCUUGGGUCCGGUGGGAUUAAACUGUCUGGAGAGUACAAGGGUUGGAACGUCCUCGAGGCCUGGGCAGACAAGAGCGUACGGCGAUGGAUAGACGCAGGGAUUGUGCCCGAGAAUAUCUUCCAGCAAGGAGAAGGCAUCCGAAAGGCGAUAGAGCCGGUGCUCGUUGCUUCAACAACGGAUAUCGCUACGGGCCAAGUGGUCUCGGUCCCCGUCAUUACCGACGACGAGAAGACGGCACAAGACGAGUCAAGUCUCCCUACUCCCCUCGGUAAUGUUACGAACUUCUCUCAGCCAUCAAGACUACCAUCAAUAUCCGUGACGAAGCCUCCAGCACCCAUGCCUGUCGACCUACCCUCCCCUAGCAACCUCACGCCAGAUGACGAAAGCACGCUCAACUUCCCCCUUCAGAACGAUAUCGAGGGACGUCCCGCUGAGGACCCUAAUAGUGUCCCCCUCACGACAGUGCCCCCACGUGUUGCACGCUCAAGGUCCCCCUCGCCAAAGCUUUCCCUGGUCUCACACGAGCCAACCGCGGGCCCUUCUCAGCCUGUGGGUUCUGUGGUGCUCGAGGACGAUUCUACUGUCCUAGUUGAUGCUACGGAUGCCUCUGCCGACGAAGCGGAGUCAACAAUCCGACUGGUUGGCGCAGGGGGCUUCUCAGGCAACGCGGGCGAAGAGGAUGUUGUACUCGUUGAUGAGCACGAACCUGAAGACGAUCCCACGGCGGAGGUAGCGUCAAUCAAGUCGAUCGACUCCAAGGCUUCGGCCAUCAGCAAGAAGCAGCAUGGGCGGAAGAAAAGCAGCGUGUCGUUAGGACUCAAGAAACUCGGACAGCUCGGUGGCAAGCGGAGAACUGACUCGGUAGUUUCGGUGGAGACCAAGCAGUAG